AUGACCAUCGCGGUCUUGGCGGCUCCUAUCACGAAAGUAAAGCGCCGCGAACUGGGGACGAUUGCAAUGGCCGCGACUCAGGCGCAGUCGCGUCCUGGCCGAGGCCGGCCACCAAAACGGCUGAGCGCUUCCCAAGAAGGACUGGAAGAAAUUGCGAAUCACGCCGAGGCAAAACGGAAAGCGAACUACGAGGAAGAUUCAGAAGGAUUUCGUUUUUCAAGAAAACCGACGAAGAGGAAUAGACCGUCCAUUGAACCUGUUCCGGACAAGCCCCAGUCAGAUGUGGAAAAUGCGCCUCCAAAAUCUACGCCACGCAGGGGUCGACCGCCUAAGAAACGGCCGGCCGAGGAUGAGAGUGCUAGUGCAGUACCGACGAAUGGGAAGACUACCGAACUUCCGACAAGACGGGGGACGAGGAAGGUUGCUAAGACGGGAAAUUCUGAGCCGGAACCACCAGUGAACUCGACACGCUCACUACGAAAUCACGAGUCGCCUUCAAAUGCGCCAGCUGAGACAAAAGGGAAGAGGGGGCGGCCAGGACGUCCGAGAACGAGCGACACCAACGGAUUUAAAUCACCAGAACCUCCAGCAGGUACCAAGGUGGCUUUGCCGUUAGCGGACACUCCGGUAAUUCAGCGGAAUAAGGAAUUACGGGGUACGAAAUCUGGCAAGGGGCAACGGCGAAGCAGUUUGGGGAUGCGGGGGCGAAGAGCCAGCUCUUUGAUUGACUCGGGAGCGUCCAAUGCAUUGCCGCAUCGAGAAGUUGGCACUGCAGACUUUUAUAAACAUAUUGCAGAUGAAGGUCUCCCGGAGCCGCGCCGAAUGAGGCAGCUUCUAAUUUGGUGUGCGACACGAGCGCUAGGAGACAAGCCUUCGGGCUCGCGCUCGGUGGAUCAGAGUUCACGUCUAGCAGCCCGUGCGAUCCAAGAUGAGCUGCUGAAAGACUUUUCUACCAACUCGGAGCUUUCGAACUGGUUUAGCCGCGAGGACGUGAAUCCGCCCACCGUGGUAGUGAAAAAGCCGAAUCCAAGGAACAUACAGAAUACAGAAAAGAUUAAGGAAUUGGAGGAGCACAUACAAAGGCUUCAAAAAGAGAGACAUGCUCUGAACGCACUUCUUAAACAAGCCCCGAUUCCACCUGUCAAUGCACCUACACCCGACUCUCCCCAAGCCUCCAAACGUUACCCGAAGAAAUCCCAACCUCAAAUCGACUCCUCUCUUCUCGAUCCCUCUCAACAAGCCAUCCUCACAUCCCUCUAUGCCUCCGUCCCAGCCGAAUCACAAGCGAAAGACGAUACCUCUCCUCCAAUAUUACAAACACCCAUGUCCCCAUCUACCGUCUCAAACCGCCUUUCCCAAAUCACAACAGGCCUCGCCCCAACAUUAGAUGCCUUCGCCGCCGGAAUCCACGAUAUCGAGCUAUACAGUUCCAGCGCCGAUGCCCUCUCAUCACGAAUACUUCGCAUCUGUGCCGAGCGGCUAGAAGAUCGCGAUGCACUGAAUACCCGGAGACGCAUCGCUAUAGAAGGCGAUGGCGAAGGGGAAAGUCCACAAAAACUACGAGAACGUCCGCGGGAAGACUUAGGCCUUAUCCUCGGAGCACUCAGUCGAGUUGAGAGACGAUAA